GUGCCGUGCACGGUCGAGUCAUUCAUUUAUUCCCUGAACAUAUUGCCUGACUCUUAGAAGUCAAGCAUCCACUCUUUGCCAGAGAACCGGUCUUCUCCUCAAAAAGUUAUACAUAUCCAUCACUUGAUACCCAACCCGUAACCAACAUCAUGGUGUCCUUCAAAUCCUUCCUCACUGCCACCACUUUGGCCAGCGCUGUCCUUGCCAUCCCUCACAAUGGCCACAGCCACAAGCACCGCUCCACCCACGUUGCCUCCAAGCGGUCCUCGGGCUCCAAGCGUGGCGCCGCCUACAACUCCGCCUCCACCGUGCACACGCUGUCGUCUGGCGCCUCGGGCAACGGCACCGUCUCGUGGGCGUACGAUUGGAACAUGUACGUCGACGGCAGCCUCCCCAGCAACGUCGAAUACGUACCCAUGCUUUGGGGCUCCAAGAUGUUCACUGGCUGGCUGGCAGCCAUCGAAGUCGCCCUCGCCAGCGGCAGCAGCUACAUCUUGGGCUUCAACGAGCCCGACGCUUCCUACCAAGCCUCUAUGACCCCCUCCGAAGCCGCCACCUCCUACAAGAAUUAUAUCACCCCAUACUCUGGCAAGGCCAAGCUGGUCACCCCGGCCGUGACCAGCAGCACCACUGAAGGCGAGGGACUCAGCUGGAUGAAGUCCUUCCUGUCGGACUGCAGCUCGUGCGAAAUGUCUGUCCUGGCCGUGCACUGGUACGGCACCACGGCCGACGAAUUCAAGUCGUUCGUUCAGGAAGCCAUGCAAGUGGCGGACGACUACGGGCUAGAAGAGACCUGGGUGACUGAGUUCGCCCUGACCAGCGACAUGUCUGCCGGAGGCGAUACGACUUCGGGGGCGGAUUUCCUGGACGAGGUGCUGCCGUGGUUGGACAGCCAGAGUGGCGUGGGACGGUAUGCGUAUUUCAUGUGUGCGGAUGGGUAUCUGCUCAGCGGGGAGGAGUUGAGCGCGAGUGGAAAGUCCUACGUUGCGUAGCUUCCUACCCUUAUCAUCUGCUGUCUAUCUGCUGUCUCUUUACUUGACUAUUAUCGCCUAUGAUACCUUCAUCGUUGUUGCUUAUUUUCAUCUUCUUCUCAAGACAUAUUCCGGGGACGAGUCGCUUGGUGAAACUCGAUACAAUAGAAACCAAUCAAAUCCAAUCCAAUUAAACUUCCAUUACAUCUCAUUUCAUUAACAAUUUUAAUCCAAUUCAUCUAACUCAACCCAA